GUAAUUGCUGCAGCAGAAAAUGCUUCGGAGGAUUCUUCUCUCCGCUAUACUAAUUGUUUUAGUAGCCUGCGUUCUCCGCAAGAAGAAGCCAUGUAUCAAUGGAACUCCUGAAGGUGACCGCUGUUACUGUAUCGAAGGCUGGACGGGUACACUAUGCCAUCGCAAAAUGUACUGUUCUGGAUUCGAACGCCUUCAGAAUGGAAGUUGUAUUGAGUGUGAACUCGGAUGGGCGGGUACCGAUUGUGACAUCAUUGACUGUCAUGGAAAUGGAAUGCCAAAUUAUGACUUGACCGAAUGCACGUGUACCGUACCAUAUUCUGGAAAGUAUUGCGAGAUUGCUGACACUAAAGAUAUUUACAAAUGGUACAAUAACUUCACGUCAAGCAUCGGUCCUAUUGGAAUUUUAACAAUUAUUCCAUUGGCUUUGAUUUAUAUGUGUUGUGAGCACUUUGCCAAGAAGCGUCAGCUCCGUCGUGUUGAGCAACAUCUAAAUGGUGUCUAUAUUACCACCGGAAGAAAACAGGUUGACAAAAUGCUUGUCAAGGGUCUCCUUGAAGCAUCCGACGAUGAAAAAUCCGUGAAGUCAGUGAAAAUAGCAGCGGAUUCUGGAAAAGAGGACAAGGACAAAGAAGAAGAAGAAGUCAUAAAAAUGAGAAAUUCAGCAACGACCAGCGAGAAGAAGGCUCUGCUCGCCGAUCCUGCCGAUAUGUAAUGUAUAUGAUUUUGGUUCAACAAUCUGUGAUCUUCUGACCUUGCAUAUUUUUUUUUGGUUUUCUGUUUAUUUAGUGAAGUUUCUUUAAAAAAAAUCAUAAUAAAUAAAUACAUUUUACGACU